GAGACAUGUUGUCAUCACUUCUCUAUGUUCUUUUAUGCCGAUUUCCUUAAACAGAGCUGAAGAAAUUGAGUCAUUUCACUAGUAUCGGUGGUGAGCUGAUCGACGGGACGGAGCGGAUUUUAAGGCGGAUUCAGAUAGACAAUUUCGCUGUGGGUAGCAUAGUACAUGGUUAGGCUCGAGAGUCUGUCGAGUGGACGGUUUCCGAUCGGAAUAAGAAAGCGAGAGUCUUGUAAGAAACUCCGUCUUUGGUGUCGUCUCUUCGCGCGACCGCUCGUGCCAUUAUCGUUGUUAUCAUAAAGAGGAAUUUUCUUCCACAAUUUGUUUAGUUUUGUUCUGUUCGCUUGGGUUCACUCCCCAGAGUUCCGUGCCAAAACCCGAAGCAACCCCGCGUUUUCUAUUGGUCCUUCACCCGACUCAGGACAGGAUCCUUAACAGGACUCUUACUGAGACACGAAGUGUUUGAGGAAGUGCGCGCAGUAAACAUAUCCAGGACAACCGCCAAGGAACUGUCAAAGACGGGCCAAGUGACCCAAAGUGCAGAUAGUAGUCAUCCAGAUAUUCUCUGAAAAUGCAAUAAUACCGAUGAUGACCUAAGUGUGAAUCAACAGGGAACUAUGCCGUGGUGAAUAAUAAAACCGUCAGGACGUGAUGGACGUUAUGUUCGGCUUCUGGUUAAUAACCAUAAAUGGACUAUGUCACCGUCGCCUCGAAGCACAAUCAGUCCCUCCCCUGCUGUUGGGCUUUUGAAUAUUUGUUUACAUACGUUCUGAAUGGAAGUUGAAGAGAAGAGUGAAGAAAAAUACCAAGAAGGAAGGGGAUCGAGUUUUGUAGCAAAAAAUUUUGUUGCAUACAAAAGAUAGGAUAAAUAUUUUGGUAGUUACUGUGGCUUGGAAAUUAGGAUCAACGAGACAAAAUGCCGGUUUUUCACACAAAAACAAUCGAAAGUAUAUUGGAGCCAGUGGCACAACAGGUAUCACGACUUGUGAUUCUCCAUGAAGAAGCUGAAGAUGGAAAUGCAAUGCCAGAUCUUAGCCGUCCGGUACAAGCUGUUUCCUUGGCCGUUACAAAUUUGGUUAAGGUCGGUAAAGAAACAAUCAACAGUUCGGACGAUAAAAUUCUCAAACAAGAUAUGCCUGCCGCCCUGAUACGCGUUGAAGAGGCAUCACAAUUACUUGAGGAAGCAUCCGGUAUGCUAGGUGCGGACCCCUACUCUAGUUCGGCUCGUAAAAAGCUCAUUGAAGGUAGUCGUGGUAUACUGCAAGGUACAUCUUCCCUGUUGCUAUGUUUCGAUGAAUCCGAAGUACGUAAAAUAAUCCAGGAGUGUAAGCGAGUCCUAGACUAUUUAGCGAUAGCUGAAGUCAUCGAUACAAUGGAGGAUUUGAUACAGUUCCUCAAGGACUUGAGUCCGUGCCUGAGCAAAGUCUCACGAGAGGUCGGCGCUCGUGAGAAGGAGCUUACGCAUCAAGUCCACAGCGAAAUACUAGUCAGAUGUCUAGAGCAAGUAAAGAUCCUGGCUCCGAUUCUAAUCUGCAGCAUGAAGGUCUACAUCCAUAUCGUCGAGCAGAAAGGCAAAGGUGCCGAGGAAGCAGCCGAAAAUCGAAAUUAUCUGGCAUCACGUAUGAGCGACGAAAUUCAAGAAAUCAUACGAGUCCUGCAACUUACCACCUACGACGAAGACACCAGCGAACUAGACAACCUGACGGUUCUGAAAAAGAUCCAGAAUGCCAUUCGCAACAAGAUGGAAUCAGCUUAUGAUUGGUUGGCGAAUCCAUACGCACUGCGCGGUGGUGUUGGCGAGAAAGCCCUUCGGCAAAUAGUUGACAACACAUAUAAGGUUGCAGACCGCUGUCUACCGCAGGACUCAAAUGCUAUCCGCAAAAUGGCAGAUGACAUCACCACUAUGACCAAUGCCUUGUGUGAAUUACGUCAAGAUGGCAAGGGUAGUACACCUCAAGCGGAUGGCUUGGCUCGCGAGCUUCGUGAGAAAUUGGGUAACUUAGAGCAAGCUGUGCAAAGCGCUGUCAAAGGAGUUGAUAAGGCUGGACUCCAACAGACCGCACACACUGUACAGGGACGACUCGAGCAAGCGUGUCGUUGGCUGCAGAAUCCAGGACUUGAUGACAAAGGCUUGGGACAGCGGGCAAUUGCCCUUAUUGUAAACGAGGGCAAGAAGGUUGCUGAUGGAUGUGCUGGCCAUGAGAAAAGCGAAAUCCUUCAACUUUGCGAUGAGGUUGAAGCUCUUUCUAACCAGUACUCAAAAUUGUGCAAUGCAGGUCUGGGUGCCUCUCCCGAGGGACAGGAGAUCGCGCGGCAACUCAAUCAGAAACUGCAUGAGCUCAAACAGCGUAUACAGAACGCGUUAGUCAAUCGAGUGGUUGAAGACUUCAUGGAUGUAUCCACACCAUUGAAGCAGUUCACGGAAGCAGUCAAUGUUCCUGAAGGAACGCCUGGACGCGAGCAAAACUUCAACCAAAAAUCGAACAACUUACAAGCAUUCAGCAACCGUGCGUCGAAAACGAGCCGAAUGGUCGCAGCAGGCGGUUCCGGUGGCAAUAAAAAGAUCGCUGAAGUGCUUCUUUCAUCGGCGGCACAAAUUGAUAGUCUCACUCCUCAGCUCAUUUCUGCGGGUAAGAUCCGUUUGAAUUAUCCAACAAGUAAAGCGGCAGAGGAGCAUUUGAAUAACCUCAAGCAACAGUAUGCCGACACUAUCCUACGCAUGCGAACGUUGUGCGAUCAGGCUACUGAUCCUUCCGAUUUUAUAAAGACAUCGGAAGGCCAAAUGCAGAAAUAUGCCUUCCUUUGUGAGGAUGCUAUCACAAACAAGCAGCCCCAGAAGAUGGUCAAUAAUACAUCUAAUAUUGCGCGACUCGUUAAUCGUAUUUUGCUGGUGGCUAAACAGGAGGCUGACAAUUCAGAGGAUCCUGAAUUCACGGCUAAACUAAACGCAGCGGCUAAUCGGUUGGAGAAAGCAUUGCCGGCAAUGGUGCAGGAUGCAAAGAUAGUGGCAACAAAUAUUGGUGAUCCAGCGGCCGCUUCGGCAUGGAGGGAAUCAAAUAAGAAUCUCCUUGGUGCUGUUCGAGACGUCCGUGGUGCUAUUGUGCAAACUCCAGUGAUACCAUCACCACCGGAUAUGUCGGCGUUGCAGUUAAAGGAUGAGCGUGCCCCGCCACGUCCACCACUACCACGAGAAGGGGUUCCACCGGUCAGACCACCCCCCCCAGAAACCGAUGACGAGGAUGAAGUAUUCCGAGCUAUGCCGCAUGCAAAUCAAUCGAUUUUGACUGCCGCCCGUGGGCUUCAUCAAGAAGUGCGGCAAUGGUCGUCAAAAGACAAUGAAAUCAUCGCUGCCGCUAAACGUAUGGCUAUCCUUAUGGCACGGCUAUCUGAGCUUGUUCGUGCUGACUCCAAGGGUAGCAAGCGAGAAUUGAUCGCAACUGCCAAGCAAAUUGCCGAAGCAUCAGAAGAUGUUACACGUUUAGCAAAGGAAUUAGCUAGACAGUGUACAGAUCGUAGAAUUCGAACAAAUUUACUUCAAGUGUGCGAACGUAUUCCAACCAUUGGUACACAAUUGAAAAUUUUAUCAACGGUUAAGGCGACCAUGUUGGGAGCACAGGGAUCAGAUGAGGAUCGCGAAGCAACCGAGAUGCUUGUUGGAAAUGCUCAAAAUUUGAUGCAAAGUGUCAAAGAAACCGUUCGUGCUGCUGAAGGAGCGAGUAUUAAAAUCCGCUCGGAUCAAACCAACCACCGACUUCGAUGGGUUCGACGACAACCGUGGUACCAAUAUUAAGGAGAAAUAUACUUUGAUAUCGAUUUGAUAAAGUUUCCAACGACUGUACUAAUUAUUAUUAUCUUUUAUCCUUCUCUGUGGGGGAAGGGUAAAUGCAAAGAGUUGUCUCACGUGUGUUCGUUCGUUUCUUCGUUUGCCUUUACCAUAAUCUAGAUAAUAUUUUUCUAUAAUUGAUUGCGAACUGUUUCGAUUUAGGAUAAAAAUAAUUCUCUUUGUGAGCAGGAUACAGGAUAAUUUGUUGAAACGUUUUGCUAUGUCUUUCUUUUUUGAUUCUGGGAAAGUUAGAUUGUAGCUUUCUGCAUCAGAGAGAUACAUUUGCCCCACAGAUUACGAAUACGUUUGGCCUUUGAUUCCAAUGCACCGUACUAUUUCGCAUUUACCAACAGUUCAAAGAGCUGGAACGGAAUCAGUCCUAAACAUCUAUAAAAAGCCAUCUAAAGACUACAAAUCGAAAUCGGUAACUAUUCAAAAUGCCUACAAUAACACAAUUGCUUUUAGGAAAAGUACAAAUCGGAACCUCAGCCUGCUCUAUCGAAAAGUAACAGAUACCUGGUAUAUUGUUGACUCUUUCUGAAUUUUAUAUCAUUCGUUUCGCGGAAUCUUGUGAAUUCUGUAUUACGGAAUUCAACUAAAAUCAAGUUUACCCUUUUAUUACUAGUUGUUGCUGCUAAUAAAAAUUUGUUUUUCUAUUGCCUUUUCUAACAAAAGCCAACCUUAGAAUAAAUAUAUUUGAAUAAUUAUAUUUGAAAGAAAAAAAGUAUUAAAUAAAGAAAAAUUAAUUAGAAAAAAAAAUCUAAAAAAAUAAUUAUCAUGUGUGUGUCUACGUGCUCAGUAUAUUUCGUGGCGAAAUGCAUCCAAAUUAAACUAGAAAAUUGUUAUCUUAUUCCUUUUUAGUCCUACUUUUCUCGCUGCUACAUUUUUUUAUAUAUUUGCUUUUUUUUUCUGCUAAUUCUUGAAUAAAGGGACGAAUUUCCUUUUCAUUCUAUGUUAACGUUAACUACAAUUAAUUUACUGGUAUAAUCAAGAGCGAAUUUAGUUUUAAAAAAGAAAAUUUGAUAAUUACAGCUACUUUCAGAAUAAGCUUAAAAAAAUUGUUAACUGGUAAAAAAUAACGAUGAAAGUCAUUAACGAA